UCAGUACAAUAAAAGAACCUACAGACGGAAACUCAAAAGUAUAACAAAAUGUAUCAUACAAUAUAUGCAUCAUGCAAUGCUUUUCGUUGGUGGACCAGCACAUGGCUUCCUAGAAAUGCGUUUAACUAACAACCAUUUACUUAAAUAUAUUAAUAUAAUAACUAGAAAUAACUCCAAGUAUUUAAAUAGGCAACUAAUUAGUUUUUGAAAAUCAAAACUCAAACUAACUAACUAGCUUGGGAGGUUAUCUUCUAAAUUUCACGUAAUAAAUAAAUAGACGAGAGACGCGUUUUUAUUGGGUUGAGUGGCCACAAGGCCCAGUGCCCAAUCACAGGCUCACAGCCCUCUCCGGCUGCUUUCCCUUCCACUUCUCCAUUUGCAUCUCCAACAGGAGAAGAAAAUAUUAAAAUAGAGAGGCAGUGGGAGAGUGAGAUCGGGAUUUAGAUCCGCUCCGCCCUCUCCCGCCCUCCUUUUCCUCCCCCUUCUUUAUUCCCUUUAUUCAUCCAAAGCCGAAAUCUCAAAGCAAAGAGUAGAAAGAUGUCAUCUUUUACCUCUUAAUUCGCACCUUCUCUUCGAAUUCAUCCUUUCUCUCCGCAAUCUUUCUUGUUUACACUCGAUCGAUCGAGCUUUCUCGGCGGGCAGGGCAGGGCAGGCCAGGGUUUUACAGUCUUCACGCGCUGCCCCUUCUUUCCGAGCUUGGCUCAUUUCGUCCGGGAUUGGUGAUGGCCAUGGGCAGUUUUAGAUUCUGUUCGUCGAUUUCGAUCGGAUCGAUUCUGCUGAUGGAUGGUUCGGUUGAAAACUACGGGUGCUGCUGAUUUCCCCCUCGAUUUCUCAUCGAGGUCUCUGUUUUGUUUUUUCGAGCUAUAUAAUUCCCUUGGCGGAUCUGCCCUCCGCCCCUGCCGCUCUUCCAUCUGGAGAAAAAUGUCGAGCAACUCAUGGAUGGAAGUUCUGCCUCCAACAUCCCCUUGCUUUUCGAGCUCAAGUUGGUUUCUUGGCCAGAAGAGGAGCGGGAGUUGGACCCAAGAGCAGAACAAGCUCUUCGAGGAUGCCCUGGCGCGCAUCGACGGCGACAACCCGGACCGGUGGGAGAAGGUGGCGGCCAUGAUCCCUGGGAAGUCGGUGCGGGACAUCAUCUCCCAUUACAAGGAUCUGGAGGACGACGUGAGCGACAUAGAAGCUGGGCGGAUCCCAUUCCCUGGCUAUAGCUGCAGCCCUUCGUCGUUCACGCUGGAUUGGGCCAACCGCCACGGCUACUGCGAGGGGUUGAGGCCCGCGUACUGCGUCGCCGGCGGGAGGAGGUCGGGAGGGAGACCGGAUCAAGAGAGGAAGAAGGGAGUGCCUUGGAGCGAAGAGGAGCACAAGCUAUUCCUUCUAGGACUCCAAAAAUACGGUAAAGGGGAUUGGAGAAACAUAUCUCGGCAUUUUGUCGUCUCCAGGACGCCUACCCAAGUGGCCAGCCAUGCGCAGAAGUACUUCAUCAGGCUUAAUUCGGGCGGCAAAGAUAAGAGGAGGUCUAGCAUCCACGACAUCACAACCGUCGACUUUCCAAAUAAUACGCCUCCUUCGCCACCUGUGCUCUCGACGCAGUCAAGCUCGGCUGCCACCGCUGGAGUACCCGACCUAUUCUCGGAGAUGCUCGAUUCGACUCAGCCAAAUGACGCCUUCAAUUCAUCGGCAAAUGGCAAUCAGUUCAUGCAGCCGCCCUCCUCCUAUGGGAUCAAACUGCAGCCUCAAAAUACUCUCCAGGAUCCUCCGCUCGGCAGCUGUCGCAUGCUAUUUCAAAUGCACCCUCGCGGAUAGCAACAUCCAAGAGCUAUUGUCUCCGGGGCAUUUCUUGGGUGGGGGUCGAUACGUGUUUCUGAAAUUAUCAAAUUCAGAGAUCUGAGGUUGAAAUCCAAGGAUCCAGAAUAUUUUUGUUCUCAGAUGCUCUCCGAUAUGAUAACCUUGAAAAUGUCGUGUAUUCAACCUGUCUAUCUGUAGCCUUGGCCCGCACGCCCGAGAGAAAAUGUGAUGAGGAUCGUGAGAAUUUCUUUCCAUUGUCAAGAGAGAGUUUCAUGGAUGGGCUUUCUCUAUAUACUCUUCUCCUUUUUUUUGCCCCCCCCCCCCCCCCCCCCUUCUUUCUGUAAUAUGCCGCUCUAUUGUAUAGAACUAAAGAAUGCAAUGGCAGCAAAAACUUGAUGUCAUUCAAUAAUCUUCGCUUGCAAUGCUCCGUGCUUGUGCCGGUACCAUAUAUCCCUCGUAUGACAGGCUUCUCUUGGUCGAGCGCUUUGCUUCAAAGACGUGUGCAUAGGAGGAGCUACAUUCCUGUUCGGCUGCCGGACCAAAAGAAGCUAAGACUCGCAAACUCGUGGAGGAAUGUUCAUGCUUCAUGGUACUCUUCUUGAGGUAUCAGCUGACAGCCCGAGCCAUGUCUUUUUGUUUGCUUCUCUUCAGAUGGAUGUUUGAGAUGGGAUCCAUACGUAUCGUGGUAGUUAAUUUGCAACUAAGAUGGGCUGGAAAGCCCACGGCAUGACAUCUAGCUGGCUGCAUCAGUGUUUCUAUUACUACUACUACUACUACUAUUAUUAUUUAUUAUAAUAUAUAUUUGAGGCGGUCAUGACCUUUGCCUGGUCUUUUUUAUGCAGUAUGAGAUGCAGUGUAUUAUGUUUCCUUUCAUGGGCUCUUUUAUGUAUAAGAUACAAGGCCGUGGAUGAACAUCUUUUCCUCUGGAUGAUGGUGAGUCAUAAUUUCCUUGAUAUUUCUUCUCUGCUGUGCCCAUUUAAACUGCAAGCUAGAAACCAAUAUGCAAAUACUUUUCGCUUCACUAUCCACCAUCUGCAAUAGCCCACAGCUGAACUUUUGCAGCUGACCAAUUUGUUAACACAAGGCGUUCUGCAAAUGUGGAGGCUAUGAAUAAUGAUCCUGAAAAGGUUCGGGCGCUUUCAUGUGUGUUCCUCCACUUAUCCGAGUCACAGAGCAUGAUUUCCACUUUUGCUUCUGGUUGCUGCCUUUUAAAUAAUACUCUUCUCAUAUCCAGAGAUCUGUCUCCAUAGCUAUACUAUAGCUCUGUUCUUUUAAGCCUCCAAUAUGAGCUGGUUGACCGACCGCUUAAAGAUAGUUGGCGCUGAGUCUGCAUUCCACCAGUCAGGCAUCUCAUUCUUCAGUCGUUCUCCUUUUCCUGGUUCUGUUUUAUCUUCUUCGGUAAGGUGUCCUGCAGGGGUACUACAGGCUGGCCCCUGGUAUAUAUGCAUCACGGUCGGAUAAGCACGUAUCAGCGCGGGUAUAUAUAACCAAGUUGUUGGCUUCUCUACGGUAGCGCAUGCAAUGGAACUCGAUGAUGGUGGGCAGACUGCUGCUGCAGUGGAGGAUCUACGUACGAAGGCAUCACAAAUCUAUAUGCGAUAAACUACCAAGGUGCAAAACCUAUCAAAAUAAAGCCAAUGAUCCUACGGAACCAGAAAGUUCCUUUCACAUUUGGGAAAGAAGCAUCAGAUCUCAAUUUGAGGACUCCUUUUGAUCAUAUUCAAAGAACAGGAUUAUAACUCAUAGCCUGCGGGCUUCAAAGUUACUUUCGGCUCUUUCUGGAUAGGAAUCUUCGUCCAUUUAUGCUUUCCUUGCGCAGAUGGAAGGGGUUGUCUUAUAAAAUACUUGCUCGAAAUGAAUUAAUAAGCUGACCGUGUUUUUUGAACUUUGGAGUACCUCAUUCACUCUCUCCCUCUCCACCACCGUUCGAACUCCUGACCUGGCCGUAGUGGCACGAGGGGAAGUGGGGUGUGGUCGUGUGGUCAGUCCUAAUAAUCUGAGAACUUUGGCGACUACCUCUUAUUGCUAUAAAAUGAAUAUGUGCAAACAAUAUCUUGGCUUCAGGAUCAUGUACGCUGCAGCUGAGUCAAUUCCUCCUUGGUGCACCACUUAACAUCGUGCUUCGUUGUGCUCGUCUAACAAACUAAUCACCUGUUCUAUUGCCUUUGGAUUUCAAUGACUAAAGGGUAUACAUCUCCUGUAUGCUUGCCAGCCGCAUCUCUCCAAUAUUUGGUUCAUCUGAGUUCUGGAUGAGGGAGCGUUGAUAUCACCAUCAUCCUUCGGAGCAGUUGCUUUCUAGUGCUGACAAUUCUUAACUGACCUGGAUGUUCCGCAAGGAAUAAAGCAAAGCCUAUAGCUACUGUGGCUCUUGUGGUGGUUCUUCGCUUCCAAUCAUUUUUCUUGUUUCCUUUGUUGCUGCUGCUGCUGUAGAUGCCACUGUUAUUACUGCUGAAACUGCCAUUGCUUCUGUAGCUGCAACUAUCAGGGAAAGUGUGCUGCCCAGAUAGGUCACCUGCAAAUUAUUUAGGCCCCUCCCAUUUCGCACUACAAGGAAGAUUCGAUGCAACAUGAGCAAAGUGGGGAUCACUGUUAACUUUUCUGAGGUUGAUGGCAGAAUUACCCACUUUAUUUCAGAGAGAGGCUGCAUCCUUUCCUUCAAGUUGCAUAAGAAUAGCCCUUGCUCCCACUUUAUUCUAGCUUUGAUCUGCCAUUAGACAGAUUAAAGACCACAUCCAUGGUCCGACAACUUUAUGCUUUUAAAAUCGUGUCCGACUUUGAGUUAUAUUCUGAUUCCGAUCGAGUCCUUCAAAUGGGUCUCGCUAGUUGUACAUAAUUGAAGAUUUAGAGCUUGUGCAGAAAGAAACAGGGCCUGUACUUUCUUCAUUGGCCAAAAGAAAUGUCUGGAAAACACCAAUAGAGGUGUAGCACUCGAA